UUUUUUGUUUUGUUUUUCAUACACUAUGCAAAUUAAUUUAGUUAAAACGAUUGUGUUGAUAAGUAGCCUGAUAAUCGUGCAAAUCGAUGGCAUACAAGAUGCCGAUGGCAAACGUAUUGUUAGCAAUUAUGAGCGUAUCAAGAAGCUUUAUCCACAGCUCUCGUCUAGUGAAUCAUCGCAAUGGCGUUACGCUGACAAGGAUCAGAAGCAUCCGUGCAAGCGCGACUGUGUCGAGCAACAGCCCAUGACCUGCUAUUACUAUAUGGUGGUUCACUACGAUGACACUAUGACUGCUACAUGCAAGCGCUAUCUCCAAUCCAAAUAUCGGUUCAAGGUGAAUGGCAAGGAUUAUAUCGAUAGUUUUAAGCUGGCGGAACUGGAGACGCGUAAUAAUGAUUGCAAAUACGCCGACGGUAUCGAGUCCCAGAUCAUGGUUGUCAAUGGUCAUCUGCCGGGUAAUUCCAUUGAAGUGUGCUACGGCGACACCAUCGUAGCGGACGUUAUCAACAGUAUGCACGAGACGACGACUAUACAUUGGCAUGGCAUCCAUCAGCGCUCGACGCCACACAUGGACGGUGUACCACACGUCACUCAGUACCCCAUUGAAGCCGGCCAGGCGUUCCGCUAUCGCUUUGAGGUGGACCAUGGCGGCACCAAUUGGUGGCACAGCCAUACCGAACACCAGCGCGCUUUUGGACUAGCAGGUGCGUUGAUUGUGCGUCAACCGCUUAAGCUGAAUCCCCAUGCCCAUCUCUACGACUUUGAUGAAUCCGAGCAUGUGAUCAUGAUACAGGAUUGGGUGCAUAAUUUCGACGAGAGCGUCGCCGAGAAUAUACUAAUUAACGGACGCGGACGCAACUUGAAGAAGAACAGCAAGGUGAAGCCUACGCUUUAUGCAACAUUUGGAGUUAUUCGUGGUGGUCGCUAUCGCUUCCGUGUCAUUUUUAACGGCGUGUCAAACUGCCCGAUUAGCCUGAGCAUCGACAAUCACGAUCUGGUGGUUAUUGCGAGCGAUGGCAACGAUAUUGAGCCUGUCGAGGUGCAGAAAAUUAUGUUCCAUGGCGCUGAACGCUUUGAUUUUGUGUUGCACGCCAAUCAGGAUGUGGCGAACUAUUGGCUACGGGUCAAGGGCUAUAGCUUCUGUGCCAAGAAUCAGCUACAUCAGGAGGCGGUGCUGCACUACCAGAACGCCAAUACGCAAGCCCUGGACACAAGCACAUUAAGCUAUGCUUACGAUGCGCCUGGCAUUAUGCUCAAUGAGUUAGGUGACGAUACGGGUGGCAAUAGUGCCGAGAGCAUAUCGCUGGUAAGCUUGAAUGCACAGCAUGUGCAGCCAGCGCUUAAUCCAAGUCACACUUAUUACACGAGCAUGAAUGCGCUCGAGCUGCGCGGCGAGGGCUUUCGUUUCCAGAUGGACGACAUCACCUUCAGCAUGCCGAAGAUGUCGCUACUGCAGACUCGCAAUCUGGGCAUUGGUCAGUUCUUCUGCAAUAGUUCGCAGCAGGCGGCGCUUGGCUUCAAUUGCAAGAGCCGUCACUGCAAGUGCUCCAAUGUCAUCCAAGUGCCGGCCAACAAGAAUGUGGAGUUUGUCAUUUCUAGCAAAUCUAAUACGGCACAUCCCAUCCAUCUGCAUGGCUACACAUUCCGGGUGGUCGGGAUGGGUGUGCUCGGCGAGCAGCGCAUUGGGCAGAUAGAAGAGAUCGAUCGGCGAACACCACUGCCACGUCGCGGCCGUGGCGCUCCGCUUAAGGAUUCUGUACAGGUGCCAGCCUUUGGUUAUACCAUCAUCCACUUUAACACGGAUAGUCCGGGCUAUUGGAUCUUCCAUUGCCACAUUUCACCGCACUCGGAGAGCGGAAUGGCAGCUGUUUUACGCGUUGGCGAGGAUGUCGAAAUGAAAAUGUGUCCCGUUAGCAAUUGCGGUCUUUGUAGUUCAGUGGCGUAAUAAAACUUAAACCAAACUUUAUUAAUAUAACAUUUAAUAUAUCUAUCUACCUGUCACAAUAAACCGUUACAACGCUAGCCCAUGUCGUUAGUCA